AUGAUUGUAGCUCUGUUUAAGCCUGCAUUCAUUCAUGGCACUGCGCGAGGGAUGCCGCUGUGGAUGGCACGCGUUUCCGGGCCUGCUGCCGCUCCACCUUCUCUCUUCUCUCUGGCUUCUCUCUUUGUCCGCUUCUCUCAAUGCAGUUUUUUCCUUCUUCAUAAUUUGCUUCAUAACUCCAGUCCAAUUGACAGAUCCUCGAGUUCCUAUUUGUCUGUUUGCAUCUUUGUCCUCAUUUCUCCAACUGGUCCUUAUAUUUCGGUUUUCGGUCUUCUGACUGUCGUUCCCCAUCCCUUCCUAUCUUUCGUUUGCUGGGACCUCCGUUCUCCAACCUCACAUCUUCUCCCUCCCUGGCUGCUUAGGAUUUUGUGA